GGAUUUAAAAAACGGUGUUUAUGUAUAAAAAUCCUCACGUGUGCUUUCAGUUUCAUGUCAAUGGAAUGAAAACAUGGAAAACAUGUCCCAUACACUUCAGUUAGGAUUCAAAUAAAAUGCACAAAACUAACGAAUAUCUACUUUCAAGAGUAAUAAAGAACUGAUCAGGAAAACAGCAAACAGAAAAACAAUGGAUUUCAAAUCACGGAUGGAUUACAGAUUUGAUCAACUGAAAAAAGAUGUUAUCCAUGUUCUAAAGAAGCACCCAGAUGGGGUUCCCAAGAGUGAUAUAUGGUCUCUUGUGCAUAAUGACACUGGACGGAUCAUCUCAGCCAAGCAAUAUGGCUUAAAGAAAUUGAGUAACGUCUUAGAGAGAUGGACAGAUGACAUUAAAACAGAGUUUUCCGGAAAAACGCCACGUUUGAUGUUAAAGGAUACAUCAGUAUAUUCAAAUGAUUUUUCAAAAUCUGUAGGGAACGAUUCAUUUGCUUCAGGAAUAAUGGCGGAACUUAAAAGGCGGACAGAGAAGGCUGGAAUAAAAAUUCCAGCUACUUCUACAAGUGGAUGCAAUGAUGAUAUGCAGGAUUCACCUGAUUCUUCAGAAUCAGAUGAUGACAGUGAUACUACUAGUGAAGAAAAUACAAGCAACAGUGCUCUUCUUGUAAGACAUAAGUGCCUUGUUAGGCAAUGGGUUUUGGAUUUUUUUCGCGAGGAGCAAAUUCUGUGUUGUGGUUUUUCCAAAUUAAAAAAGUAUGUGAUCAAGAGGAUGCAAAAGCAUUUUGACAAGACAUCUUUGAAAACAAAUACAUGGAAGACUUUUUUAUAUGGCCAUUGUAAAGAUUUAGUGAGGUUGAAAGUUACAAAAAAAUCUAUCGAAGUGUAUCUGUUGAAAAUAGAUUAUAAGGAAGGAACUCAAAGAAAGGAAGUUAAAGAGAAGGAGGGACAACCAUCUACGGCAAUGUCUUUGUUGACAAAAAUGUCAACACUGAAUAGGAGCAAAAACUCUUCAGAAGACGCAAAAUGUAUUUCACUGCAACUUGAUGAAAAUCCAAGCAAACAGACUGAAAUUAUUGAUCUUACAAACGAAUCAGAACCAUCUGUUUCAAACUCUCAAAAGAGUGGUAAUACUAGCAAAUUUGGGGAUUUUUCAGUGCCUUUUAACGUACUGCAACCUAUGCGCGUUGAAAGUAAGCCAAUUAAAUUAGGAGAGUCUUCUGCAAGUGCAACUUUUGGGUCUGGUGUUAGCAAUAUUAGAGAAAACUCAUUUCUUGAAUUUGAAUCAUCUCUUCCAGGAAUACAAAAUAGAAUUAUUGAAAUCAUCAAUGCUCCGAUAAACACAACUCCGUUUCCAGUAAAGAGGAUAGAUGUGAGACAGGUUCAUGUGCCACAUGGUAGGUUACCAGCAAGAGAAUAUGUUGAUGAUAUAGCCAAAGAAUGCAUUGAGAUAUUAGCAGACGCCAAUGAAAGCGUGACAAUGGAGAGAGUGGAGCAGAUGGUUUGUCAACGAUUUGGUUGUUAUAACAUUAGACAGCUAGGUUUUCAGUACACUGAUCAGAUUCCUUGUAUCAAUGAACUUAAUCGUUUGCUGAGUAAGAUUAAUCUCUAUGUCAUUGCUUUUGUGAAGGCUCGGUCCAUUUGUACCUUGUAUGAAUUAAAGGAGGCGAUACAAGAUCAUGAGGCUGGGUCAGCAGAUUUUGAAUCUCUUAGAUUAGGACCAUUGCAGCGUCUUCCUGUGGUAUAUCAGCAGUUUCACUUUCCAACAGAUCAUGCAGAAAUUCCACAGGUUACUACCAUGGACAUACUGGAUCAUUUUCAGAAUUACCUGACCAAGUUUAGAUUGUGGUCAGGACGAUUGGAUCUUGAACCAUUCUUGGAUUAUUUGGCAGAAGAAUAUGACGUUCCCAAUUACAAUAUGAUAGGAUGCAAAGUAAGGUCAUUGCCUUUAGCAGCUACAGUGUUGAAGAAAGCGCAGAGAGAUUCACGAAAUCAACAGCAACAGAUAGUGAGGCAUUUCAAGGAUGAAUUAAAGACACAGAUAGGAGAUGCCUUCAGAAAAUUCCGAGCAAGCAUUUUGGUAACAGGAGCAGGUGAGGGAAUGGAAGUGCGACAGCAUUAUAUGAAGAUGAGACCUGAGCUAGCUUUAUUAGAGAUCUUUGACAAGUUCAACAUUCUGUUUAUGGUAACUCAGACAGGCAAUAGGAAGUGGACCAGAAAUGCUAAAUUUAGACAUCUUAUUGGGGUAAGAAAAUCAAUAUGUGAAUGUAUAUUAAAUGUGAUAAGUGAAUUGUAAUUAUGCCCUGGGCGA